AUGGUAUUCAGAUUGCAUGACGCAGGCCCUGAGCUACUCAGAGGGGUCCUUCUGGAGUGGGGAUGGGAAGAAUAUCAUGACAGGCGAUGGGAGCAGGAAGACUGGAACUUCCACUGCAUGCAUAACCUGAAGACAAUGAGAGCAACCUUCGGAUCGUCACUCUAUGAUUUCAAUCCGAAAGCCUUAAUCCUACCCGACAACUUCACUCGCUCCUGGCUGAGUAAUACAAGAGUCAGAGGAAGUCCUUCUUGCUACUGGAUCUGUAAGCCAGUGGACCUAUCCAGAAGCAGAGGAAUCUUCAUCUUUGAAAAGAUGCGGAAUCUCCUGUACGACUGUGCCGUGGUUGUGCAGAAGUACAUAAGCGAGCCUCUGCUAAUCUCGGGCUACAAGUUUGACCUGAGGAUCUAUGUGUGCGUAAAGAGCUUCCAUCCGCUCACCGUGUACAUUUACCAGGAGGGACUGGUGCGCUUUGCCACAGAGAAGUACACCCUGACCUCCCUGAGUAUCCCCUACGUCCACCUCACCAAAUCCAGCAUCAACAAGCUGGGACCCUUCUACCACGCCCCCAAUGAGCGGGUGGUGGGCCGAGGCUGCAAGUGGACCCUGGGUAAGUUCCGCCACUUCCUCCACAGUCAGGAUGUCAACGAGCUUCUCCUCUGGCAGAGGAUCAACAAUAUCAUCACCCUUACUCUGCUUACUAUCACCCCCUCUAGCCCCGCAUGCCACAACCGCACGGAACUGCUCGGCUUUGAUAUCCUGCCGGAUGUCAGCUUCUGGAGGUCAACCAGAAACCCUCACUAA